AUGGCUUCUUCAGCUCGCUCUCCCUACACCGCGCGUAAGGUCGGCGCCGCCAACACCCUCGAGCACCGCGUCUUCAUCGAGAAGGAUGGCGUCCCCGUCUCGCCCUUCCACGAUAUCCCUCUGUAUGCCAACGAGCAGCAGACCAUCCUCAACAUGGUUGUGGAGGUGCCUCGCUGGACGAAUGCAAAGAUGGAGAUUUGCAAGGAGGAGCCUCUCAACCCCAUCAAGCAGGAUAUCAAGAAGGGCAAGCUCCGCUUCGUGAGAAACUGCUUCCCGCACAAGGGCUACCUCUGGAACUACGGGGCCUUCCCCCAGACCUGGGAAGACCCCAAUGUUGUUCACCCAGAGACCAAAGCCAAGGGCGACAACGACCCGCUCGACGUGUGCGAGAUCGGCGAGCUGGUGGCCAAGCCCGGCGACGUCAAGCAGGUCAAGGUGCUCGGCGUCAUGGCGCUGCUCGACGAGGAGGAGACGGACUGGAAGAUCAUCGUCAUCGACGUGAAUGACCCGCUGGCUCCCAAGCUCAACGACAUCGAAGACGUCGAAAGGCACCUGCCCGGUCUGCUGCGGGCGACCAACGAGUGGUUCCGCAUCUACAAGAUCCCGGACGGCAAGCCGGAGAACCAAUUUGCGUUCUCGGGCGAGUGCAAGAACAAGAAGUACGCUACGGAUAUUGUCCGCGAGUGUGCGGAGGCGUGGGAGAGGUUGAUCACGGGCAAGACUGCGAAGGGAGGCCUGUCUCUCGCCAACGUCUCGGUCCAACACUCCGUUGACCGCGUUGACCCCUCUUCUCUCAGCAUCCCGCGGGGCGAGAACCUGGCACCCGCCCCUAUCGACCCCAGCAUCGACAAGUGGUUCUUCAUCUCCGGCGCUCCCUCCUCUUAA